AUGGCCCAACUGUCUGGGAUGCCCAAUUGGCGGACCCGACGGUCGUGGCAAUCCGGACUGAUAUUUGUCACAAGCGAUCACAGAGGCGGCGGCCAGCAAGGGAGGGAAGUGGAUGGACAGCGCAAGGGAAGGAACACGGCAAGGCGUGACACGCAGGAGGAAACCCCGUUGGCACAGAAAAGGUCCGAGGAGCGCGACGACGAGGCAAGACGGAUGAGUCGCAAAGACAUUCCACGUUGCGGAUCCAGCGCGCGGUGCACUCAGCGGACCGCCCCAGGUCAAUCCGGGAUAGUGACCGCGAUUAAAGUCGUGGGUCGGCUUGGCAAACUACAUGGAGGAAAGCAGAGGGGGAAGGAUGAGGCCCAAGUAUGGCAGGGCUGGCUAAUUGGUGGUCUGGAGAAGCGCGACCGAAUGGAAGUGGGAGAGAGAUGAUGAGG